AUGAUUUUCUAUUGGUCUACUCGCAGUCAGCUCCAUCAUGCGACCGUCGAAGAAGACUGUUCGAUUUCUGAAACAUUUGGCGCCAUGCUGACCGCAAUGAUGAUGAUCCGAACCAAUCGUUUCUUAAUCUUACUUUCACGAAGGGACAUUGGUCGGGAGGGAAUAAGCAUCGAUCGCGACGCUGUUCAGACCUUUAUCCAAUAUUGCGACCUCGUAGAAUUUCAUUGGCGUCGAUACCUCCGUAAACUCCGACCUGAGGCUCAGCCUCGUUGCUGCCUUCCAGCCCACUCGCCUGCCGCCUGCCGCCCCCCCGUCCCAAGCAGAUAA